AUAAUUUGCAUCAAUAGUUGUGAAUAGAUGAUUGCUGCUGAAAUUUUAUCCGAUAAGGUAUAAAUAUGAUAAUAUCAUGUUAGCCAGAAGACUAAUAUUAGAGACUAGAGAAAGCUGUAAAUUAUUCAUAUAAAAUUUAUUUAGAUGAUUGAAUUGUUUAAAUAUGAUAAUUUACUAAACAAUGAAUACCUGGUUCGAAAAUUUGAGACUGAUAUUUUAAAACCUGAUUGGUAUUUGCUAUAAUAUGUUGUUGUGUAAAGAGAAAAUUCAAUUAAAAGCCAAUAUGUGUAAAAUGAAUUGAAUACUCGUAAAAAAUAUCAUUUAAUUUUAACAGAUGUAAAAAGAGAUAUUAAUAUUUAAGAUUUUAAAUAAAUAUAACAAAUAAUUAUGGAAUUUUGAUCAUUAAAUGUUAAUAAUUCGUCCUUAUUUUCCAACAGAGAGAAAAAGAAUAUAAAUAAAAAUACCAGUUUUAAAAGUAGCAUUCAUAAAAGACGCACUUUAAAAAUCUGGCUUUUUAAAUGAGUAAUUAAUCUAUGAAGAAGAAAUUUAUUAAGCUGACAAAACUUAUGUCAAAUUAAUAGUAACAUCAUAGACUGAAAAUUAUGCUAUAGGAAUAUUUGAUUUUUUAAUGUNUAACUAAAAGCAGUAAAAAUAGUAAAUCAAUUUAAUAUCUUUAUAGAUUAUGA